AUAAUAAAUAACCGUAUGUUGGUACUGAAUGGGCCUGUGUCUAAUAUGACUGAUGAGAGUGCGAGGCCAAAAAAAGACCAGUCGAUUAGGUUUGUAACUGUGCUUUGACAGGACGUUAAUAACGGUACAGUUGAUUUAAGGCCUGGCGCGUUUAUCCUCUAAAAUCGAGCAAAAUUAACACUGUACGUUUGCCCCAAAGCCUACGAUUCACGCACUGUUGACUAUGAAGUAUGAAUUGUGUUACUGAAUUGAAAGAAAAAAGAGAACAGAACAGGAUGGAGUUGUCUUGUAAUAUUGAUUUCAGGGUUAAAUGAAACUUAAUCGGCGAGAUACUUUACUCUAUUACCGAAGCACAUACGUGGAAAACAAAAAGAGCUAAAUGUUUCUUCAUUCUUAACACACAAGUUAUCAACUCAGCAGUGAAUCACAAUGUCCAAAGUCAUCACCAGAACAUUCCACAAUACUGCAAGAGCCUCGAAUGGCACAUUGAAGCCAGCCCUUCGUUUCAGAGACUUUAUUCAACAACUGAAGAAUGAAGGGGAUUUGGUUGAGAUUGAACAAGAGAUCGAUCCCAUUUUAGAAGUCGGAGCCAUAACGAGAAAAGUAUAUGAAGAAAAACUACCAGCACCUUUGUUCAACAACUUGAAAGGUCACCAGGAAAACUUGUUCAGAAUUUUAGGUGCACCAGGGGGGCUAAGAUCAGGUAAAGAGGAUUCACAUGCAAGAAUUUCUCAUCAUUUAGGUUUACCAUCAAAUACUCAUGUUAAGAACAUUAUUGACUAUUUAUUGGAAGCUAAGACUAAGAAACCUAUUCCACCUCAUGAAGUUUCCAAUAAAGAUGCACCAGUUAAAGAAAAUUUACUGCAGGGAGAUGAUAUUGAUUUGACAAAGUUACCAAAUCCAUUGUUACACCCAAAUGAUGGUGGUAAAUAUUUACAAACUUAUGGUAUGUGGGUCUUACAAACACCUGAUAAGAAAUGGACAAACUGGUCUAUUGCAAGAGGUAUGGUUGUUGAUGAAAGACAUAUUAGUGGAUUAGUUAUCAAUCCUCAACAUAUUAAAGUCGUUGCUGAUGAAUGGGCUAAAAUUGGUAAAGGUGAUAAAAUUCCUUUUGCUUUAGCAUUUGGUGUUCCACCUGCAGCAAUUUUAGUAUCAUCAAUGCCAAUCCCAGAAGGUGUUAAUGAAUCAGAUUAUAUUGGUGCUUUAUUGGGAGAAUCGUUACCUGUUGUUAAAGCUGAAACAAACGAACUAAUGGUUCCUGCAACUUCAGAAAUAGUGAUGGAAGGUACUUUGGACUUGAAUCAUCUAACACCGGAAGGUCCAUUUGGAGAAAUGCAUGGUUAUGUUUUCAAAGGUCAAGGUCAUCCAUGCCCUACUUACACUGUUGAUUCAAUAUCUUACAGAAACAACUCGAUUUUACCAGUUUCAAAUCCAGGGUUGGCGCCAGAUGAAACUCAUACCUUUAUUGGUACUCUAGUCUCUGCAGAAGCCAAACAAAUAGCUAUAGAGCAUGAUUUACCAAUUAUUGACGUGUUUUCCCCUUAUGAAUCACAAGCAUUAUGGCUAGUCUUUAAGGUGGAUUUGAAAAAACUACAAGCCUUAGGCACAACACCUGAAAGUUUUGCCAAAAAGAUUGGUGAUAUUUAUUACAAUCAUAAAGUCGCUAGCAUCAUUCAUGAAAUUAUUUUGGUUGGUGAUGAUAUUGACAUUUUUGACUUUAGAAAGGUUAUUUGGGCUUAUACGACCAGACACACACCUCAUGAUGAUCAAUACUAUUUUCCUGAUGUUCGUCCUUUCGCAUUGGCACCUUUUGUCUCCCAAUCUCCAAGAAUUAAGUCUAUGAAAGGUGGUAAAGUUGUUACAAAUUGCAUUUUCCCACAACAAUAUGAAAAGGACAUCGAAUUCACUACUUGCGAAUAUGACACCUAUGAUACCGAAAUUAAGGAAAAAGUCGAGCAAAAUUGGAAAGCUUAUGGUUACAAGUAAUAGCAACUUCUUAAA